AUGAUGCGAUUCGCUCUAGAACAGACUACUGUAGCGCCGGCUGGCAGUAAUGCCACUUUGAAUCGAUGGCCGCAUAUCAUCAUCGAGAAGAACGCGGUAAUGGGCUUCGUAUGUUUGUGGAUGGCUUGUGUAUCCUUCGUCGUGUUCAUACUGCAUCGUACUCAGGCGUGGCCACAGUUUGAUGAGUUUGGAAUCGAUGACAAUGACGUGGGUUCGAAAUUUUAAAAUUUUUGAAAUUUAUUGUUUUGCCUUUUUAACAAAGUUCUUGCCAUUUCAGGUCAAACUAGGUAGACUAGAGAAGGGCGAGAAGAAGAAGAUCAAGAUCCCAGCCCUAACUCCCCCCGCCUCUUCUGCCUACAAAGAAAGACCUGAGGAUUCUGUAGAAGCAAAGCCAGCUGAUCCCACCGCCAGGCCAGCUAAGAAACCAGAUGCUCCUAAGCCUACAAAGACCACACCUCAGACAUCGGUUAAGCCUAGAACUCCAGAAGACGAUCCAAAGCCGACUAAUGUAAGUGUGGAAACAAAGUUUUUACUGGUUUAUAAGCUGGAAAGAAGUUUGCUAUUUUGUAAUUUGUAAAGGUAGUUUUUGACAUUUGAUCAUCUUUAAAGAAAGUUCUUGCUAUUUUAAGUUUUGUAAAGAAAGUUCUUGCUGUUUUAGUCUUAAAAAUUAGAAAAUUAAGGUUUGCAGUCUGCGGGUGACAAGUUAUACGACAAAUUUUAUCUUUUGGAUAUUUUGUAGAAAGUUUUAGCCAUUUUAUGUUUUGUAAAGAAAGUUCUUACCGUUUUUAGCAUUUUUUAAAGGUUUUUAAAUUUUGUGUUUUCCUGAAUCUGUAAACAAAGUUUUGAGCGUUUUAGAAGAUCAAGAUCCCACCCAAAGCGGAGCCAGACGUUAUCAUGCCCGCUUCUGAUUCUGAAUGUAUAGAUAUCAAGGUAACUAUUUUGUAAAAUUAAAAGAAUAUUUGAUACUUGGAGAGGAUGUUCUUGUUAUUCUAAAAUGAUUUCAGAGUCAGGAAAUGAACACGAUGACACCGUACGAUCAACAGAAGAUGGAUCGACUGAAGAGCAAGAAGGUCUACACCAAACCAGAGCCCUUAUCAGCUGAGGCCAUUGUUGAUAAUGUAAGUUUUUGGAUUUAUUAGUCAUGGAAACCAAGUUUUUGCAUAUUUAUUAGUUUUGUGGGCCAUUUUGAAAGCUGUAAAGAAAGUUUUCGCCAUUUUAUACUUUGUAAAGAAAGUUCUUUCUAUUUGUUUAUUUGUAAAUAACGUUUCUGUUAUUUUCUGUUUGGUAAAGAACGUUUUUGUCAUUUCUUUACUAACUCACCUUAUUUCAGCGUCGCAACAACCUAAAAACGGCUCCAGCCCCUGCUUCUCGUCUGAAUACACAUGGCUCUCCGGUGGAAACAGCUCGCGCUCUCCACAGCCCAACCUUGGGUCCAGAAGCACCUCGUUAA